GGUCUCAACACCUCUUUGGAUCAAUUGACUCAACAGAUCAAUGAGCUGAAGGAGCAGAUGCGCCAAUCAGAGGCCAAUCUGACGGCUCAACACCAGGUCUUAAUGCAACAAAAACAGAUAAUCAUUGAAGACGUGGUCAGACAAUCACAAGAGGAACAGUUGAGACGAAUAGCCGAUGAGUUUAACGUCGAUUUGAAUGACUUCGAGAGUGUUUUGCUUCCGAUCGCUGAGAACUGCACCAAAGAGGCCAUUGCGAAGGGAAAGGUCUGGAUAUUCAAUAACUGUAAUACAGCCGUACAUUACGAUGUGAUGGCCAGAUAUCUGCUCAAAAGAAUAACCACAAUCGGGCCCUCAUUUGAGUCGAGACUUCACUUACUUUAUCUGAUAAACGACUUAUUCAAUCACUGGUAUAUCAAUGAGCUGAAGGAGCAGAUGCGCCAAUCAGAGGCCAAUCUGACGGCUCAACACCAGGUCUUAAUGCAACAAAAACAGAUAAUCAUCGAAGACGUGGUCAGACAAUCACAAGAGGAACAGUUGAGACGAAUGGCCGAUGAGUUUAACGUCGAUUUGAAUGACUUCUCGAGUGUUUUGCUUCCGAUCGCUGAGAACUGCACCAAAGAGGCCAUUGCGAAGGGAAAGGUCUGGAUAUUCAAUAACUGUAAUACAGCCGUACAUUACGAUGUGAUGGCCAGAUAUCUGCUCAAAAGAAUAACCACAAUCGGGCCGUCAUUUGAGUCGAGACUUCACUUACUUUAUCUGAUAAACGACUUAUUCAAUCACUGUCAGAGAAAAGGAGACGAGAGUCUUAAGCGUUCGCUCGAGAAAGUAAUUGUUCCCAUUUUCUGCCACACAUUCACUGACGCCGAUGACGACGAGAAGCAACAAAAGCUCACUAAACUUCUGAAGUUAUGGCAAAUGAAUCAGUACUUUGAGAGCUCGGCACUGGAUUUACAAAACCCAUCCAUGGCUUUGGCUAACUAUAAGAGUGCUCUUUUGAAUGAAUUUUCAGGUCAGAUCAGUUCGGUAACGAACGGACAGUUAGCAAAACUGAGUCAACUCCAGAAACAACACUCGGAGUUCGUGGCGCACAUCCAGUCAAACAUACAGCGAUUACAACAGCAAAAACAACAACAAUUGGUGGCAAAUGUCCCACAAAUGCCGGUGCCGUCACUGCCAAUGAAUGUCAACCCUUCAAUGCCUGGACAUCGAUUACUUAUGCCUCCAAAUCAACCACCACUUGGAUCUCGACCCCCAAUGAUGGGACAGUUCGAUCAGCCGCCGCCACAAGCACUUGGGUCUCGACCUCCAUUAGUGGGACAGUUUGAUCAACAAAUGCCGUCUCGACCUAAUCUGAUGCCACAGUUUGAUCCGACGCCACCACCGCCCACAUCAGUGCCCAUGUUCUUACCUCUCGUCCAUCAAACACCUCCCGGCGCUCAACCACCGAACGCUCAGUCACCACAGCGCCUACUGUUACCACAAUUGCAUCAAUCGUCGCAAAUGGCCGUCAGAUUAGGACCCGUUCCUCAAAUGCCACAACAAAUGCUGUCAACGAAUCAAGCCUUUCCUAACCCCAUGCCGGGCGGACCCUUCCCUCCCACACCCCUACCUAACCAUCAGUUCUUCAAUGCUGUACAUAAUUCAGCGCCCAUUCCUCACAAAGAGGUGAUUCCUGACGUGCCGUACUUCGAACUUCCGGCAGGACUUAUGGCACCGUUAGUUAAACUCGAGGACUUUGAUUAUAAAGCUAUUGUUCCCAAAGACAUACGACUACCCCCUCCCGCGCCGCCUAAUGAACGCCUUUUACAAGCCGUUGAAAUGUUUUACGCGCCGCCCACUCAUGAACGGCCACGAAAUAGUGACGGAUGGGAACAGUUAGGCUUAUAUGAGUUCUUCAAAGCAAAGUCUCAGACAAUGAAACUUAAAGACGAGUCGUCAGGCUUUAAGAACUCAGACCAAGAGUUAGGUUCAUAUGAAGACAACAAAACUAAUGCCAAAAACAUGAAUCGGAGUCGAGAACAACAACCUCUCACUCAAGACAUAGAAGCCCUUCACCUAAAAGGCGGUACAGAGAGUAUAGAGAGGACAGGAGUCCGAGAAAAACAAAGAGCCGAAGAAGUCCCGAGUCCUCGAGUUCGAGAAGAAGACAUUCGCGAUCGCACUCUAGAUCUCGGAGUCGUAGCCGGAGUUAUAGUCGAAGCCGUAGUCGAAGUCGUAGUCCUAUUCGUUCUUCGCAUAGAUCCAGGAGUAGAAGCGCGUCUCCGGUCGCGAGCUUUGCAGACCACUCGACUCGAUGAGUCUAAUAAAGGGCAUCAGAUGCUCAAAAAGAUGGGAUGGAGUGGAACGGCAGGGUUGGGGGCCUCUGAACAGGGAAUCAAAGAUCCAAUCAAAGGCGGAGAGUUGAGAGAAAUGGAUGAAAAGUAUAGAGGAGUGGGUGUGAAGACACCAGAUAACGAUCCCUUCGAAAAGUUCCGUAAAAACAAAGGACAGGCUUUCCUUCAGAGGAUAGCACAGGGAAGAAGUGAUCAAUAAAUUGAUAAUUU